AUGGCAAUUCUAGACAUCACCAAAGACCUGCCUACGCUGUUCAAGCAACAGGUUCAGGCAACCCCAGACGCCGUUGCGUUAGAACACGAGACCACAUCCUAUACAUACGCCCAGCUGGACCAGGAGGUCGAAGCCCUGGCCAGUCGUCUCCGGGCCUAUGGAGUCAGUCGAGACACCCUCGUGGGUGUGUUGUUGCCCCGAAGCGCACAUUACGUGAUUGCCUGUUUGGCAGCUCUCCGUGCGGGCGGCGCCUUCCUCGUGCUCGAGUUGGCUUACCCCGCGGAUCUCUUGGCGGAUGUCAUUGAAGAUGCCAACCCCGCAGUUAUAAUCACUCACAAGUUGGAGGGCGAGAAGAUCAAGGCACCGGUGCCAUUGAUCAAUCUGGACGAUCCCGCCUCCGAGAUCAACGGACACGCCAAGGAACCUUCCCCAUUGCCGGCAGAUGACGAUCUCGACCGUUUAGCGUUUGUCUCUUAUUCGUCAGGAACUACAGGAAAGCCCAAGGGCAUCGCAAACCCCCACCGAGCCCCGGUUUUGUCGUACGAUCUGAGAUUCGCCGUGCAGGAUGUCCAACCAGGUGACCGGGUCGCUUGCAAUGUCUUCUUUAUUUGGGAGAUGCUGCGCCCGCUCUUGCGCGGAGCAACAGUCAUCAUUGUGCCAGAUGAAACGAGUUAUGACCCUGCUGCGCUGGUUGACUUGCUCGCGGAAAAGAAGGUCACCGAGACUCUCAUGACCCCUACCCUCCUCGCCACCGUCCUCUCCCGAUACCCUCGAUUCGGCACCCGAGUUCCCGACCUGCGAAUUGUGUGGCUCAAUGGCGAAGUUGUGACAACGGAUUUGGCCGUGAAAGCCAGCAAGAUCCUCCCCAAUGCCCGCUUGCUUAACUGCUACAGUGCGUGCGAAACACACGAGAUCGCUUGUGGGGAUAUUCGCGAGAUGACUGAUAGCGAAUCGCUCUACUGCCCCGUUGGCCCACCACUCGACCCUGCCCAUACCUAUAUCUUGAACGAGGAUGGACAGGAGGUGGAGUUGGGCACAUCGGGAGAACUCUUCAUCGGUGGUCCGCUGCUGGCCAGGGAAUACAUCAAUCUGCCCGAGACAACUGCCAAGGCCUUUACCCCCGACAGUUUUGAUUCUACCCCCGGUGCUCGUAUGUACAGAACCGGAGAUUUGGCUCGGAAGCUACCAUCGGGACUUCUCGAGAUCACCGGCCGUGUUGGCGCAAUGAUCAAGCUCCGUGGCUAUUCCGUCGUGCCGGCCAAGGUUGAGAGCGAGAUUUGCCAGUACCUGGCUGUCAAUCAGUGUGUGGUCACUGCGUACGGCGAUGGUCUCGACCGACAAUUGGUCGCGUACAUUGUCCCCGACAAGGAGGCUUCGUCCGAUCGCCCAUCUGUCACAAUCAAUGAGUCUGGCCACAGCCCUUCUGCACGACGUGCUCUUGAGAACCGACUCACGCAGUACAUGAUUCCCGCCUUGUGGGUUGCACUGGAUGAGCUUCCUACCAACGAAGUCUCUGGUAAGGUUGAUAUGAAGAGUCUUCCUUCACCCCGUAGCUCCAGCCCCAAUGGCAGUGAGCAAAGCGCAGGCAAGGACCCCAUCGGUAUCAGUGACAUCGCAGCUAUCUGGGAAGCUGUUCUGAAGGUCUCAAAGACCUUGCUGAAGCCUGAAGAUAACUUCUUCGACCUGGGUGGUCACUCCUUGUCUCUUGCGGACUUGUCCUCAAAGCUUUCCAGACGUUUCGGCUUCCGUGUUCCAAUUCCCCGCCUCGCGGAGAACACCACUCUUACCGGCCACCUCGAGACUGUCCGCGCCGUUAGAGAUGGACACACCGAGGAAGUGCAGGCCAAUUUGCCUGCAGUUUUGCUCUCCGAUGCCACGCUGGACGAGGAUAUCCAGCCCACAAACACUGCCGUCACAUCCAUCACCUCGGCUCAUACUGUCCUCCUGACUGGUGUGACUGGUUUCCUGGGUGCCUUCCUGCUGAAUGACUUGAUUGAGAACACUUCUGCUAAGAUUAUCUGUCUUGUUCGUUUCAGCGACCCUGAGCAAGAUGAUCAGGCUGGAGGUGUGGCUAGAAUUCGCAGGAACCUCCUGGACAUGGGACUCUGGCGUGAUUCCAUCCUUGAGCGCGUUGAAGUGCUUCCCGGUAACCUUUCUCGCCCCCGACUGGGUCUGGGCCCCGAAGAGUUCGUCGAGGUUGCGUCUCGCGUUCAGGUCAUCGUGCACGCUGCGGCCACCGUUAACCUUGUCUACCCCUAUGCUGCGCUGCGGGGUGCCAACGUCGGAGGAACCAGAGAAAUUCUCCGCUUGGCUGCCAAGGGCGGUGCGACCGUACAGUAUGUUUCCACCAAUGGCGUUUUGCCGUCAUCUGGUGAGAAGGGCUGGCCCGAGACAACUGUCCUGGACGUCAAGGAUGUUCCCACCAAGCUACUCGAUGGAUACGGUCAGACCAAGUGGGUUGCAGAGCAGCUUGUUCUGAAGGCUGGCGAACGUGGGUUGCCUGUCAAGAUUCACCGAUGCGGUACUAUCAGUGGACACAGUGUCACAGGUUCUGCCAACGCAUGGGAUCUUCUCACUGCCCUGAUUGUUGAAUCUAUCCAGAUUGGGUACGCACCUGAUGUGGAUGGAUGGCGCGCUGAGAUGACCCCGGUCAACUUCGUCAGUAAGGCGGUUGUUCACCUUGCUACUCAGACCCAAGCAGACCAAACUGUCUUCCACCUUGGUGACCCUAGCCCCGUCGACACUCGAUCCGUAUUCGAAGAUCUCAAGGAGCUUGGUUACCAGACCAAGCCCCUUCCAUGGGAUGAGUGGGUUGCCUUGUGGUUUGAGAAGAGAGGCUCUGCAAAGGGUGGAGACGGAUCAUUCACCGUCGACAUUCUUCGCAGCGGUAUGCCGACCGUGGAGUUCCUUCGCGACAUUGUUGUCCUUGAUAAUGCCCUGACUCGGCCCUUCCGCGCUGUGAUCGAGAGACCUAAGGUGGACAGCCUGCUUCUGGAAACUUACACUCGCCACUGGUUUGCUCGUGGAUGGCUUCCACGACCUCCUUCCCGUCAGCAUGCCCUGAACCGUCCCACUGAGCCCGCCAGGGGCCCUCUCAGCGGCCAAGUGGCUGUGGUUACCGGUGCUUCUUCGGGUAUUGGCGCGGCGGUAGCCACCGCACUGGCCAAGCAAGGCUGUUCUGUGGCUCUCGCCGCCCGUCGCCUCGAUGCUCUCGAGGGCACCAAGCGCAAGGUCGAAGCCCACGGCGUGAAAUGUAUUCUGCGCUCCACAGAUGUCACAAGCCGGACACAGGUCGAGGACCUGGUCAAAGCAGCCAGCGAAGAGCUCGGCCCAGUUGACAUUCUAGUUGCCUGUGCAGGUGUCAUGUACUUCACCCUGAUGGCAAACACCCAGAUGGAUGAGUGGGAACGCACCGUCGACGUGAACUGCAAGGGUCUCUUGCACGCACUCUCUUCCACCGUCCCCGGCAUGCUCUCCCGUGGCCGCGGCCACGUCGUAGCCAUCUCCUCCGACGCCGGACGCAAGGUCUUCCCCGGCCUGGGCGUAUACUCAGCCAGCAAAUUCUUCGUCGAAGCCACCCUCCAAGCCCUCCGUCUCGAGACCGCCGGCGCCGGACUCCGUGUGACAAGUAUCCAGCCCGGAAACACAUCCACAGAUCUCCUGGGCAUGUCCACUGAUACCGAAGCCGUCAAGAAAUUCGGUGAACCAUCCGGAGCCAAAAUUCUCGAUCCAUCGGAUGUUGCCAACUCUAUUGUUUACGCCCUCACUCAACCAGAACACGUCUCUGUCAAUGAGAUCCUGGUUGAGCCCCGUGAUGAGCCGAUUUAA